CCGUUGCAACGCGCCGGGCCGUGCGGCGGAGCCCAGGGAUGAAGCAUCUGUCCUGUUCAUGUCUGUUGUGGCUUGGACUCCUAAAGGCUACUUUCUCCUACGGGCAAGAGGACAGCAAACUCAGGAAGCUGUGCGGCAGUGACCUGAUGAUAGAAAUUAUGAAACUCUGUGGCCGAUCUUCUCAGAGCCAGAUCGAGCUGAAGGAGCAAACUCCUUUGACACAGCCCUCACACAAGGUCAAAAUCGUCAGCCUUGACCAAAUCCCUUCUUGGUCCCCGGGAAGAUUCACAAACCCACGCCCUGCAUCUGCCUCUCGGGAAAAAAUAACAAAAACUUGGGAACCCCAGCCACUGCCGGACCAUCAGUUUGAAAAGGCCAACUUGCUUCUUGAGAAAUCAAGAGAGUUUUCAUCCCUCGGUGUCAAUCCCUAUGUGGAGAGGGUAAAACUUCAGAAGAAAAGCACAAACGAAAUCAACACCUUCAGCAGUUUAUUUUGGGGGAAACAUGCCCAAAGGAAACACAGAGGUUUCUCAGAUAAAUGCUGUCUUAUGGGAUGUACAAACGAAGAGCUGGCCUUUGCCUGUCUCCCGUAUGCUGAUUUUUAAAACGUACGAUAAAACAAAUGUCACUGGUGACUGAGAUGUACAAACCAUCAUAGAAACUAUGCUAGCUUAAUAAAUACUCACUAUGUCUAACUCA